AGCCAGCCGGACAUGCGUCCCGUGACACCCCCGAUGAUGUACCAGCCAAUGGCCGGACCAGUUCCGCAGCCACAAAUGAUGUUCGCGCCCCCUCCGUCGCCGCCACCAAUGAUGGCACCCAUGAUGCCUCAGCAAUUCAUGCAGCAGCCACCACCCAUGGCGUUUGCGCCUCAGCCGCAGAUGGCAUUCGGCCCGCCGCCACCGCCACCCAUGAUGUACGGGCCAGCCGGGCCCAUGUACGCCAGCACAAGCCAAACGAUGAUGCCCGUGGAUAGCGGCCGGCGCUACAUUACUCUUAUUCAAAAACCUGAGUCAGGCCAUGCCACGUCGGUAGAUCAGACGGUGUGGGCCGCAAAUGGGAAAAUUGCCAAGUGUCGCACUCCGUUCCUAGAUGUGUGCUCAGACCCCAAGGGGGACUAA